AUGUUUGCAUGCGUAUUUCUCGGUCUGUGCCUAUUCUCUAUCCUUCCCCCUUCAUUCCUGCCGGUCUCUUCCCCACCUUUUCCUUUAACUGACCUAGCUAAAUAUGCCACCCGCUCUUUUUUUUCUCUCUCUCUCUCUGACGUGUUGACUUUCUCUCCACUGUUCUCUCUUCGUCCCCUACUGUCCUCUCUCUCUUUUUUCCCUCUCACCUCUCUCUUUUUCCCCCUCUCUCCUCUCUCUUUUUUCCUCUCUCUUUUUUCCCUCUCUCUCUCUUCCCUCUCUCUCUUUUUUCCCUCUCUCUCUUUUUUCCCCUCUCUCUCUUUCCCCUCUCUCUCUUUUCCCCUCUCUCUGUUCCCUCUCUCUCUUUGUUUCCCCUCUGUUUCCCUCUCUCUGUUCCCCUCUCUCUCUGUUCCCCUCUCUCUCUGUUCCCCUCUCUCUUUGUUCCCCUCUCUCUUUGUUCCCCUCUCUCUUUGUUCCCCUCUCUCUUUGUUCCCCUCUCUCUUUGUUCCCCUCUCUCUUUUCCCUUUUGUUCCCCCUCUCCUCUCUCCCCCUCUCCCCAUUAGUCUUUUUCUUUUUACCUGA